AUGGGGCUCUUCAAGCUGCUGGCGAGUGCGUUGGGCAUCAAGAAGACCCAGGUCCGCAUCCUCGUGGUGGGGCUGGACAACAGCGGCAAGACGACGCUCGUGAACCACCUCAAGCCCAAGAAGAGCCAGGCGCGCGAGGUCGUCCCGACCAUCGGCUUCCAGGUGGAGGAGUUCACCAAGUCCAACCUCAACUUCACCGUGUUCGACAUGUCCGGCCAAAGCCGCUACCGGAGCUUGUGGGAGAACUACUACAGCGACGUCCAGGCCAUCAUCUACGUGCUAGACUCCACGGACACCAUCCGCAUGUGCGUGGCCAAGGAUGAGCUCGAGCAGCUCGUGGAGCACAAGGAGCUGGCGUCCAAGAAAGUCCCCAUCCUCUUCUUUGCCAACAAGAUGGACCUGCCCAACGCGCUCACACCCGUCGAGUGCAUGCAGCUGCUGGAACUCGACAACCUUGGCAGCAAAUCCUGGCACAUUACGGCAAGCAAUGCGGUAACCGGGCGUGGAGUGGAAGAAGGCAUCGAGUGGCUCGCAGACCAGUUCGCCAAGGGGAAGUCCCGGAAGUGA